AUGGAGGGUACCCAGGCCCCAGGCCCUCAGCCCGGGGUGCCCCAGCACUCAAAUCUCAUUCGAACGGAUCAGGUGCAAAAACUACCUCAUCUCAACGAUCAGCAGAAGGUCCAGCACACCCAGUUGGUGCGGAGCUUCUGGGAAAUCCUCAAUACUUGUGAUCCGCAAUCUUCGGAAUACCAGCAAGCACACUCGAGGCUGUCGCAACUUUCACAAUCCCUCAUGAAAGGUAUGCGGAUGUUCCAACAGAAUCGACAGUUACAACACCAGCAAAUGCAGGCAGCCUCCGCUGCAGCCCCCAACCAACCAGUCCAACGAUCGCAAUCCGUGAAUCCGCAAAAUUUCGCUCAACUUUUCCCCCAAAUUCAGCAAAAGGUCAAUUCACUGCAACUCUUUCUUCCACCCAAUAUUUCUAGUGAACAGGCAGGCACAUGGCUCCCAGAGGCUAAACUUCGGUACGGUAUCGCGCUCCAGAAGCAGGAAAUUGGACGUGCCCGUUUGAGUGAGCUGCGCCAACAGAUCAGCCAACGCCAAAGUGCGGGGAGUAUGACCCAAGAGGAGAUGCAAGAAUAUAAAAACCGUCAGGUUCAGGCCGAUAAACUUUUCCGCGAAGGUAGUGAGUUCUUAGCAAAGUUCAAGGAUCAACAAGACGUGUUUAAGGCGCAACAACAGAGGGCGGGAACACAACACCCAGCCCAACAACUUCCACAGCAGAGCGGUGCUAGGCCGGCAACAACAGCUCCCACAGCUCCAGCAGGCUCAACGACAGCGCCUACAGCGGUUCAUUCCGGGCAAGCACCAACCCCAGCAGCCCAUACGAUUAAUUCUGCUGUAAACGCUGCGCGAAAUCAAGCUGCACAAGCAACAAUGUCUCCAACUGGUUCGCAACCAGGUCAAGCACCUCCUAGUCAGGGUACCGCUCCUGCUGCAGCUGUUUCCACGGGUACGCCACAACAACCGCAGCAACAGCCGCAGCAACAGCAACAGCAACAACAACCCCCGCAACCGCAAUUGCAGACACAACAGAAUAACCCAGCAUUCAGUCAAGCAUCUGCAUCGGACGGGUCUACGCCGGCUCCUCCUACCACGCAGGGUGCGAAUGUACAGGGACCGCCUCGUCCGUUGUCCCAGCAAGCAGCCAUGGCACAGGCUGCACAAAGCUAUUCCAAUAACAAUAACGCCAAUGGUGCCAGCAGCGUGAACGCGGGCCAGCAACAAAAUAUGAAUCAGGGUGCCGCCAACAGCCACGCUCACCCUCAAGGGUACAUCCAGAACCGACCAACCGAGAAUUCGGCCCGAAACAUCAACAUGGUGAUCCCAAAAAAUCUUAAUGUCCCCCCUCCAAAGCCGGUUCCCAUGGCACCCGAUCGGCCCACCUUGUCUAGCGGUCCUAGCCACGGCGCCAUGGGUAUGAUGGGCCAACCCGCAAUACAGAAACAUCCCGGCUAUGUUCUUGAAGGCGAAGGCCAGCGAGUUCUUAGCAAAAAGAUGCUUGACGUCUUAGUCCGCCAGGUAACCGGGGGGGGUGAAGGUGAAGGGCUCACUCCGGAUGCUGAAGAGUUCAUGCUUCAAAUGGCCGACGACUUUGUCGAUGAUGUGAUUACCGCUGCCUGCCGUCUUGCUAAGCUUCGCCAGUCAUCGAGUCUUGAAAUCAAGGACAUACAGCUUGUUCUGGAACGAAACUACAAUAUGCGCAUUUCAGGAUUCUCCACUGAUGAUCUCCGUACCGUUAAAAAGCCACAACCAACGCAGGGCUGGACGCAGAAGAUGUCAGCCAUCCAAGCUGCCAAGGUGACUCAAGGCAAAGCAGAAUAA